ACAAGUUCGCAUUCGCAUCGCAGUUCGUACGCACGGCAUAUGUUGAUAGUAUAUUUGUCGACUUGUCAGAGAUCAGAGAUCGUAUAUUUCUCGUUCCUAGUCACGUGAUUGAUUUCCGAGGGCAAGCGGCGCUGAGGCUGAAGAAACUGACUACUGGCUUUCACGAUAAAGGACACUCUGCAAUAAAGAUGAGCGAUGAUGAUCGAGACAUUGACAUCGAGAGCGAUGAUGGCGAGGAUUCAGACUCCAGGUUGCGGCAUUCCAACAACACGCAAUAUUUUUCUCAGGCAGAAAAAAGAGCACACCAUAAUGCUUUGGAGCGAAAACGACGGGACCAUAUCAAAGAUAGCUUUUCGAGUCUUAGGGAUUCAGUACCAUUUCUACAAGGAGAGAAAGUUGCGAGCAGGGCGCAAAUCUUGAAGAAAGCUGCAGAUUACAUUCAAUUCAUGCGGCGAAAGAACGCUACUAAUCAGCAAGCUAUAGAUGAUCUCAAGAGACAGAAUAGUAUUCUGGAAUCUCAAAUUCGUUCGUUAGAAAAGGCCAAAAUUACCGGCAAUUUUGCUGCCGAGACAUGCGAGGUGACCAAGUCUGAAUCAGUGAGUGGCUACAAUGAUACCGAGUCGGAGUCCUCCGACAGCGAGACUGGCCGAGCAAUUCGACAACCAAAGAAGCUGAAGGUCACUGGCCUUCACUGACGAUGAUAGCCUUUCAUUGACGAUUUCAUUGAUGAUACACUUGUACUUUCCCUUCUCUCGAUAUAUUACUUUUGUAUGCUGAUCGUCUCUCUCUCUCUCUCUCGUUGGUUGAUAAACAUUUCAUUGUAUAUUAAACUGUGUUGUGCACGUAGAUAGAUACAUAAGUGAUUUAGAUUAUAUCUUGUUAUGUACGUGAUAUAGGCGAUUGCGAAGAACGACGAAUAUCAAUAUGUCCAACAAAGACUUAUAAUCAAUCGUACAAGUUGUAGGUAUGACAAUUCUACAUUUUAAUUAGUCUGAAGAAUGUAAAUGCAGAUUUCAUUUGAUUUUUCACUUUCUAUUUUUACCGCGCGAGAUACGAUGAUGAUAAAUCAAGAUAAUAGUAUCUGCAAUAUGUUUGUGUUUGCAAUUUAAUGUAUAUACAAAUAUUUAUUAAGCAACAAUAUUAUAUAUCAAUAAAUAUUAAUACAAAUAA